AUGAAUCACAUGUCUCCCAGGUUGAGAGCUUUCCUCUCUGAACCCAUUGGAGAAAAGGAUGUAGUCUGUGUAGAUGGGAUCAGCCAUGAACUUGCAAUCAAUUUGGUCGCCAAAGGUUUCAACAAGGCCUACACCCUCCUGGGACAGUUUCUUCUGAUGCACAAGAACGAAAUGGAGUUUCAAAGGUGGCUCAUUUGUUGCUGUGGUGCCACGGAGUGUGAGGCCCAGGAGAGCACUAACUGCCUGAAGGAGUGGUGCUCCUGCUUCCUAUGA